UUAGUCGGACUCGUCCUCACGUGCGCUCAUCCCGAGCGUCUGGACCUUUCUCUCCGGCCGGCAGCUGCACAGGAAGACAGGCGGGCGGCCAUGCGGUGGCUGCCAUUGUUGCUGCUCGCCCAGGUGGCGAGCGGCCAGAGGCGGCGCGUGGGAGCCGGCAUCAACGCGCUGGCGCCGCUGGACGAGACGGCGGGCGCCGCCGGUGGCGACCACGACCACCACCACCACCACCACACGCACGUCUCCAGGCUCGACGUCGUCUGCGACGCCACCUCCAUGACCGUCACGCUCGACUUCGACGGUCCCUUCAACGGCGUCGUCUACAGCAAGGGCCACUUCAGCGACUCACGCUGCAGAUACGUGAAAGCUGGGAGUAACAAAUCUUCCUUCAAGUUCAACAUUCCAGUCAAAGGCUGUGGAACGGUUCCUUCAGGAGGAUUCGGCAAAACAGUCGACAAUAUCAUCGUCAUCCAGACGGAAGAUGACGUGCAGGAGGCGUGGGACGUCGCGCGCAAGGUGUCGUGCGCCACGGCGAGCCUGCAGGAGAAGACGGUGCUCUUCCGGCCGUUCGUCGUCGACAUGCUCGAGGUGGUCUCCGUGCCGGUGACCACGGGCACCGUCGACUGCUGGAUGGACAUCCGCCGCGGCUACUUCCCCAACACGUCUCCGCUCGGGGAGAUAAUCAAGAUUGGGGAGCCGCUGACGGUGCUGGUGUACAUCAAGGACAGCGAGCGCCGCUACGACGUGCGCGUGCGCGACUGCUGGGCGUACGACAGCGAAGACUACGGGGCGACCGACACGCAGAAGCUGCAGCUCACCGGGCCCGACGGCUGCCCAAAGAAACGAAAGCUGAUCGGCUACUGGCAGACAACAACGGAUGUCGGAAAGACGGAUGCGAGUAUAAUUGCUUACAACAACAUUUCGGCUUUCAAGUUUCCUGACAGAAUGCAAGUCUACCUAACUUGUAACAUAGAGAUAUGCUCCGGACAAUGCACUGGGAAGUGUCAAGAAACCCAGGUAACAACUGUACAAACAGAGUUACCACCAAAUUGCUACCCUGGUGCCACUGAUCCUCGAUGCCCCAUCCCAACUACCCAGCCAAUUCCAACGACACCAUUACGAUGUUAUCCAGGUUCACUAGACCCUAGAUGCCCUCAAACACCUACAACCACAACUCAAAGACCUCAAUGCUACCCAGGAUCUACAGACCCUAGAUGUCCACAAUUCACUACUACCACUACUACCCCCUACCCAAGAUGUUUCCCAGGAUCUACAGACCCCAGAUGUCCUAAACAAACAACUACAAUUUCAACACAACCUCCUUUGCGCUGCUUUCCGGGAUCUCUAGAUCCCAGGUGCCCAAAAACAACAACAUUUGAACCACAAACCACCACAGCCAAACUUGUUUGCUAUCCAGGCUCUACUGAUCCAAGAUGUCCAAGAACAACUACUCAGCCACCUACAAGACAACCAUCGUGUUACCCAGGAUCACUAGAUCCUCGAUGCCCAGCAACAAUCACCCCACCAGCGCGAUGUUACCCGGGAUCUACAGAUCCAAGAUGUCCAAGGCCUACUACUACAACUUCAACACAACCCCCUCCACGCUGCUAUCCUGGAUCUCUUGAUCCCAGGUGUCCACAAACAACUACAUUUGCACCACCAACUACCACUCGCAAACCAGUUUGCUAUCCAGGAUCAACUGAUCCAAGAUGUCCGAGAACAACCACUACUUACCGACCAACUACUACUACAGAAAGGCCGCUUGUUUGCUAUCCUGGUUCUACAGAUCCCCGAUGCCCCAAACCUCCAACCACUCCUAGGUGCUAUCCAGGCUCUACAGACCCACGCUGCCCACCACCACAAACAACACCAGCAAUUCCCGUCUGUUAUCAAGGGUCAACAGAUCCACGUUGUCCUCAGACAACCUUAAUACCCAGAACAAGUACUCCAGGUAGCACAUACCUACCACCUACGACAACUGAGAGGCCGCUAGUCUGCUAUCCAGGCUCAACUGACCCAAGAUGUCCAAGACCAACCACUCAACCACCUACUAGGCCACCAUCUUGCUACCCAGGAUCACUAGAUCCUCGGUGCCCAACAACCACAACACCAGCAAGGUGUUACCCAGGCUCUACAGAUCCGAGAUGCCCUAGACCCACCACUACAACUUCAACACAACCCCCUCCACGCUGCUAUCCUGGAUCUCUUGACCCCAGGUGCCCAAAAACCACUGCAAUUGUUCCAUCCACAACAACUGCUAGACCUCAAUGCUAUCCAGGCUCAACCGAUCCAAGGUGCCCCAAACCAACCACCACAUAUCAACCGCCUACUACUACAGAACGCCCAUUUGUUUGUUAUCCUGGUUCUACAGAUCUCCGUUGUCCAAGACCAACUACAACUACAACUCCACCCCCACAAUGCUACCCAGGAUCUACAGAUCCCAGAUGUCCUAAAACAACUACCACCACACCUGCACCAAGAUGUUUUCCAGGAUCUACGGACCCAAGAUGUCCUAAACCAAUCACUACCACAACCACAACUCCAUUACGCUGUUAUCCAGGCUCUCUAGAUCCUCGGUGUCCGCAGACUACAACAUAUGCACCACCUACCACUACUCCAAGACUUGUUUGUUAUCCUGGUUCAACUGACCCUAGGUGUCCCAGACCUACCACCACAUACCGACCACCUACUACAACAGAGCGACCACUGGUUUGUUAUCCUGGUUCAACUGAUCCUCGUUGCCCAAAACCUCCCACAACACCAAGGUGCUUCCCAGGUUCGACUGAUCCAAGAUGUCCACCACCGUAUACAACACCAAGCACACCUGUGUGUUACCCAGGAUCACCAGAUCCACGCUGUCCACAAACGACCACGAGACCUAGAACAAGUACUCCAGGUAGCACAUACCUCCCACCACCUACAACUAUUAAGCCUCCAGUCUGCUACCCAGGCUCAACUGAUCCAAGAUGUCCAAGAACAACUACUCAGCCACCUACAAGACAACCAUCAUGUUACCCAGGAUCACCAGAUCCCCGAUGCCCUGUAACUACCACCCCACCAGCUAGAUGUUACCCAGGAUCUACAGAUCCCAGAUGUCCAAGGCCUACUACUACAACUUCAACACAACCCCCUCCACGCUGCUAUCCUGGAUCUCUUGAUCCCAGGUGCCCACAAACAACUACAUUUGCACCACCUACCACUACUCGCAAACCAGCUUGCUAUCCGGGAUCAACUGAUCCAAGGUGCCCAAGAACAACGACUACUUACCGACCAACUACAACUAAAACUGAAAGGCCACUUGUUUGCUAUCCGGGUUCUACAGAUCCCCGAUGUCCCAAACCUCCAACCACUCCUAGGUGCUAUCCAGGCUCUACAGACCCACGCUGCCCACCACCACAAACAACACCAGCACCUCCUGUCUGUUAUCCGGGUUCAACAGAUCCACGCUGUCCACAGACAACUUUGAUACCCAGAACAAGUACUCCAGGUAGUACAUACCUCCCACCACCUACAACUAUUAAGCCUCCAGUCUGCUACCCAGGCUCAACUGACCCAAGAUGUCCAAGACCAACCACUCAACCACCUACUAGGCAACCAUCUUGCUACCCAGGAUCACUAGAUCCUCGGUGCCCAACAACAACCACACCACCAGCACGGUGUUACCCAGGCUCUACAGAUCCGAGGUGCCCUAGACCCACCACUACAACUCCAACACAACCCCCUCCACGCUGCUAUCCUGGUUCUCUUGACCCCAGGUGCCCAAAAACCACUGCAUUUGUACCAUCCACAACAACUGCUAGACCUCAAUGCUAUCCAGGCUCAACCGAUCCAAGGUGCCCCAAACCAACCACCACAUAUCGACCACCUACUACUACAGAGCGCCCCCGUGUUUGUUAUCCUGGCUCAACAGAUCCUCGCUGUCCACAACCUACCACAAGGCCUUCUACCCCAGGUAGCACUUACCUACCACCAAUUACAACAACUGUGCGACAACCUACCUGUUACCCAGGUUCUCUAGAUCCCCGUUGCCAAAGACCAACUACAACCUCGACUCCACCCCCACGAUGCUACCCAGGAUCUACAGAUCCCAGAUGUCCUAAAACAACUACCACCACUCCUGCUCCAAGAUGUUUCCCAGGAUCUACGGACCCAAGAUGUCCUAAACCAAUCACUACCACAACCCCAACAACUACCUUACGCUGUUACCCAGGCUCUCUAGAUCCUCGGUGUCCACAGACUACAACAUAUGCACCACCUACCACUACUCCAAGACUUGUUUGUUAUCCUGGUUCAACUGACCCUAGGUGUCCCAGACCUACCACUACAUACCGACCACCUACUACAACAGAGCGCCCACUUGUAUGUUAUCCUGGUUCAACUGAUCCUCGUUGUCCAAAACCUCCCACAACACCAAGGUGCUUCCCAGGUUCGACUGAUCCAAGAUGUCCACCACCGUAUACAACACCAAGCACACCUGUGUGUUACCCAGGAUCACCAGAUCCACGCUGUCCACAAACGACCACGAGACCUAGAACAAGUACUCCAGGUAGCACAUACCUCCCACCACCUACAACUAUUAAGCCUCCAGUCUGCUACCCAGGCUCAACUGAUCCAAGAUGUCCAAGAACAACUACUCAGCCACCUACAAGACAACCAUCUUGUUACCCUGGAUCACCAGAUCCCAGAUGCCCAGCAACAACCACCCCACCAGCUAGAUGUUACCCAGGAUCUACAGAUCCCAGAUGUCCAAGGCCUACUACUACAACUUCAACACAACCCCCUCCACGCUGCUAUCCUGGAUCUCUUGAUCCCAGGUGCCCACAAACAACUACAUUUGCACCACCUACCACCACUCGCAAACCAGUUUGCUAUCCGGGAUCAACUGAUCCAAGGUGCCCAAGGACAACGACUACUUACCGACCAACUACAACUACUACUGAAAGGCCACUUGUUUGCUAUCCGGGUUCUACAGAUCCCCGAUGUCCCAAACCUCCAACCACUCCUAGGUGCUAUCCAGGCUCUACAGACCCACGCUGCCCACCACCACAAACAACACCAGCACCUCCUGUCUGUUAUCCGGGUUCAACAGAUCCACGCUGUCCACAGACAACUUUGAUACCCAGAACAAGUACUCCAGGUAGUACAUACCUCCCACCACCUACAACUAUUAAGCCUCCAGUCUGCUACCCAGGCUCAACUGACCCAAGAUGUCCAAGACCAACCACUCAACCACCAACUAGGCAACCAUCUUGCUACCCAGGAUCACUAGAUCCUCGGUGCCCAACAACAACCACACCACCAGCACGGUGUUACCCAGGCUCUACAGAUCCGAGGUGCCCUAGACCCACCACUACAACUUCAACACAACCCCCUCCACGCUGCUAUCCUGGUUCUCUUGACCCCAGGUGCCCAAAAACCACUGCAUUUGUACCAUCCACAACAACUGCUAGACCUCAAUGCUAUCCAGGCUCAACCGAUCCAAGGUGCCCCAAACCAACCACCACAUAUCGACCACCUACUACUACAGAGCGCCCCCGUGUUUGUUAUCCUGGCUCAACAGAUCCUCGCUGUCCACAACCUACCACAAGGCCUUCUACCCCAGGUAGCACUUACCUACCACCAAUUACAACAACUGUGCGACAACCUACCUGUUACCCAGGUUCUCUAGAUCCCCGUUGCCAAAGACCAACUACAACCUCGACUCCACCUCCACGAUGCUACCCAGGAUCUACAGAUCCCAGAUGUCCUAAAACAACUACCACCACUCCUGCUCCAAGAUGUUUCCCAGGAUCUACGGACCCAAGAUGUCCUAAACCAAUCACUACCACAACCCCAACAACUACCUUACGCUGUUACCCAGGCUCUCUAGAUCCUCGGUGUCCACAGACUACAACAUAUGCACCACCUACCACUACUCCAAGACUUGUUUGUUAUCCUGGUUCAACUGACCCUAGGUGUCCCAGACCUACCACUACAUACCGACCACCUACUACAACAGAGCGCCCACUUGUAUGUUAUCCUGGUUCAACUGAUCCUCGUUGUCCAAAACCUCCCACAACACCAAGGUGCUUCCCAGGUUCGACUGAUCCAAGAUGUCCACCACCUUAUACAACACCAAGCACACCUGUAUGUUACCCAGGAUCACCAGAUCCACGCUGUCCACAAACGACCACGAGACCUAGAACAAGUACUCCAGGAAGCACAUAUCUCCCACCACCUACAACUAUUAAACCUCCAGUCUGCUACCCAGGCUCAACUGAUCCAAGAUGUCCAAGAACAACUACUCAGCCACCUACAAGACAACCAUCUUGUUACCCUGGAUCACCAGAUCCCAGAUGCCCAGCAACAACCACCCCACCAGCUAGAUGUUACCCAGGAUCUACAGAUCCCAGAUGUCCAAGGCCUACUACUACUACUUCAACACAACCCCCUCCACGCUGCUAUCCUGGAUCUCUUGAUCCCAGGUGCCCACAAACAACUACAUUUGCACCACCAACCACCACUCGCAAACCAGUUUGCUAUCCAGGAUCGACUGAUCCGAGGUGUCCAAGAACAACCACUACUUACCGACCAACUACUACUACUGAAAAGCCACUUGUUUGUUAUCCUGGUUCUACAGAUCCCCAUUGUCCAAAACCUCCUACAACACCAAGAUGUUUUCCUGGCUCAACAGAUCCCCGGUGUCCACCACCUACCACAAGGCCAACUACUCCAGGUAGCAGUUAUCUACCACCAGUUACCACAACUGCACGACAACCCAUCUGUUAUCCAGGUUCUCUAGAUCCUCGUUGUCCAAGACCAACUACAACUUCAACUCCACCCCCACGAUGCUACCCUGGAUCUACAGAUCCCAGAUGUCCUAAAACAACAACUACCACCCCUGCACCAAGAUGUUUCCCAGGAUCUACAGAUCCAAGAUGUCCUAAACCAAUCACUACCACAACCAUAACUCCAUUACGCUGUUUCCCUGGAUCUUUAGAUCCUCGCUGUCCACAGACUACAACAUAUGCACCACCUACCACUACUCCAAGACUUGUUUGUUAUCCUGGUUCAACUGAUCCUCGUUGUCCAAAACCUCCCACAACACCAAGGUGCUUCCCAGGUUCAACUGAUCCAAGAUGUCCACCACUGUAUACAACACCAAGCACACCUGUGUGUUACCCAGGAUCACCAGAUCCACACUGUCCACAAACGACCACGAGACCUAGAACAAGUACUCCAGGAAGCACAUAUCUCCCACCACCUACAACUAUUAAACCUCCAGUCUGCUACCCAGGCUCAACUGAUCCAAGAUGUCCAAGAACAACUACCCAGCCGCCUACGAGACAGCCAUCAUGUUACCCAGGUUCACUGGACCCUCGAUGCCCUAGGCCAACAACAACCACAACAAGAACCACUAGUCUUCAGUGCUACCCUGGCUCCUCUGAUCCUAGGUGUCCACAAACUUCUACUCCUUACCCCAUCCCCACAACAACUGUUAGACUAGUAUGUUAUCCUGGAUCCACCGACCCAAGAUGUCCUAGGCCUACAACUACUACAUUUUCGCCACCUCAAUGCUAUCCUGGCUCUCCAGAUCCACGAUGCCCACAAACCACUACCGAACGUGCUCCAAUAUGUUAUCCAGGUUCACCUGAUCCGCGGUGUCCUAAAAUACCAUCAAUACCUACAACUAUAGCACCACCUACAUUUACAACACCAUUCUACUGUCCAUGUCUUACAGAACAUCCUCCAGAAUGUUUUCCAGGUAGUCUUGAUCCAAGGUGUCCAACGACAACUAAGAAACCUAUUUUACCUCCAAUAUGUUUUCCAGGUUCAAAUGAUCCUAGAUGCCAAACUUCCCCUCCGUACACAACCUCAUCACCACUAUGCUUCCCUGGGUCCCCAGAUCCAAGAUGCUCAACAGUACCUCGGACAUCAACUCCUGGUCCAAGUUAUUUACCACCUGUUGUCUCAACCACAGUUGGAGUAAAGCCAGAGGUACCAUCUGGCUGCUAUCCAGGGUCCCCAGACAAGAAUUGUGCAGCUGACAGCACAAUAAAUAUUGAAACAGAUGUGAAACCCCCUAAAUGUUUCCCUGGAACAGAUGAUGCAGACUGUUUUGAUGGAGAAGAUGGUUCUGCUAUAUUUCCUAUAAUAAGGACCACAACAAGGAAAUCUGUACCAGUAGUUUCCAAGGAUGACUUUCAUGGAAAGGAUCAAGAUCCUAGAUACCAUGCAUUCCAUUCAUGGCUGUUUGAACCUCAAAAAAUUGGCCGCAGGCGUAAAAUUAUUCAUCGCAGCAUUGAUGAAGAAAACAUUUCUCAAACACAUCAUGUGAACAAACGGGAAGUUGAGCAGCAAGUUGUUGCCAUAACAAUCGGAGUACGUGGGCUUAUGGUUGGCACUGAAAAUGAUCUUCGGUCACAUUCACUAGUUAAACGAGAUCUUCAAUAUGAUGUCCAUCCUCAACAAGUUCAAGGAGAGCUCACAAAUACAUCAGUUACAAUUGUAGCUACAGUUGCAGUAAUAAUUAGUGCAGUUGCAGCUGUUUCAUACAUUUUUUUAAGAAUUCAUAAAAAUCGCAACAAACAGCGAUCAGAAAGGGUUAUAACAACUAUGCCGGAACUGAAAUAGCAAAUUCAAAUCAACAAAUCUGUCUUUUCUAAGAGUUUCUACGAAGAAACACUCUAAAGUGCAUCUUUUACUUUAACAAUUUGUGGUAUAAGUUAUGUGUAAUAUUUAUUCUCCAUUAUAUGGAGCUUGUAGCCUGACUUACACCACAAAUCCAGUACCUACAUGUCUUCAAGAGAAAACUGGUUUUGUGCAAACACACAAUAAAUUUAUAUAUAAAUUGUUCCUAAAUUAAAGCACAGGCAGUGUGUAUUUUAUACAUUAUAGAAGAACAAAAAGAAUAUUUUUAUGUCUGGACACAUUCAUAUGAGAUAAAAGGCGAUUAUUGCAGAAGUUUGUGAAAUUUUCAUCAAAUUGCUUCACUCUCAGGGAGUUUUCACAGAACAAUAAAAAUUUGUGCUCUUAGAUAAUAUCAGAUAUCUUCCAUUACAUACUGAGUUACUGAUACACUCAAUAUUCAAAUUAUGAUAAAAGUAAUGCUUUUUAUCCUACCUUUGCUCGACUAAAUUGAAGUUUUUUAAUCUGGCUGAGACAGUUCUUCAGCAUUAAAUAUGAAAGCUUUAAAAAGAAUUGAAAGCAAAAAGCACAAAUUAAUUUCUCUAAAAUUUAGAGCAAGACUGUUUUGUCCUGAGCACAAAUUAAUAUGGCAAACAAAUACUUCUCUAAACAACAGACAUAAGGCUCAACCUCUAUGACAGAUUAAUUCUGUGCACCCAGGUACAUUGGCUUCUGCUAAAUGUUCAUUGGCUACUGCUAACCCAGUGCCUCAGUUCUCUUCCUGAAAACUCUGACCACAUAUGCAUAAAAUCAAGUUAUAAUCUCAAUUUGCUGGGUGCUUCAGUCUCUCAGGAAGGUUCACUCAAGUGCACACUUAAUGACAUAAUGGAAUAUUCAUUGAGAAACUCUGACAUAAACAUUUGUUUCUCCAAAAUAUUGUAUACCUUAAGGAAACUGUAUACUUGUGCCAUAACUUAGCCAAUUUUCAAAUACAGAAUUACAGUAUAUAAGUGAAAAACCAGUUUUAUAUUGCAAAACAUAUAAAAAUUUCAUCAAAUACUUAAAUAAAAUUGGUGAUUCUGC